CUCUGACAUACUACUCUACAAGUUGUGUAUUGUGGAUUGGAAUACAUGCUAUGAAUACCAGGUUGAGAUUCCGAUUCAAUUUGCAGUGAGGAACUACUACUACUACUUCGGUCACUACAGGGAUAGUUUUUUUGGACAGGUUUUUCAACCUGUUUGAACAAAUGUAAUUGUACUCCAGUGGCCUUCAUUCUAUACAAUGGUUUAAAAAAUUUAGAGGAAUGAAUGUAAGGCAUUAUGUGGACCUUGUUGAAGCUGUGCUAUUCGUUCUCACAACAGUCUCAUCUGGGGUGAUAGACUGAGGUAGGCCUACAGUGACUUUCUGUUGCAUCACUGGAAAGUAAAGUGUUUCUUUUUUUCUUUCUUUCUUUCUUUUUUAAAAAUACAAUGUUUCUAUGACGCACAUAAAAACGAUGGAGUUUGAUAACAUAACUUUAGUCAUUAAGAAAAAAGAAAGAAAGUCACUUGAAACUGUGUCAACUUUUGGUGUGCCCUAAUUAAUGGUCAUCCUAGCCAACGCUUAGAAUUACACCUCUGCCGGGCACUCUGGUUGACAACCUCAGAAGGAUGUCAAAUGCUGGAGUCGUUUCUGUUUCUUGCUUUGCCGUUGCUGUUUUCAGUGACAUACCUUGCAGAACGACGUAAAGUUUUGUGAGCGUGUUUUUGGGAACCAAACGUCAGGGAGAAUACUACAAAUUCUGCUGAUGGACAUUCGCCUCCGCGGAAUGACCGACGGAUCAUAAAGCUAUUCAACUACAUCAUGCCGUCGAUACCGUUGUUUUGACAGAGGAUUGUACAAUGGCAUCAAGCGGAAAGGGGGAGAAAGUCUCCAAGUACGAAACCUUAAGACUGCUGGAAAAAUGUCGAAAGGAGAGAGACGAUGCAGUACAGCGAGAGAGCGCUAUGAGGGAAAAGCUAAGACAAUACGACACGAGAAUGAGGUCAACGGAAGCAUUGAAACAGAAAUUGAAGACAUUGACGGUGGACAAUAAAGAAUUGCGAAAGCAGGUCAGGAACCUCCGGUCUGAAAUAGGCUUGGAAAACAACCCCAAGUUUCAAGGCAAAACUACGAGGGAUAUUAUAAGUGAUUUGCACGAGAAGGAGCGUGAAUGCAGUGCUCUAGUAGAGAAAGCGGGUAAACUAAGCCUGACCAUAGAUGAGCUUACAUCGGAGCUGGCAAAUUCUGUCACUUCCAAAACACUGUUGGAGGAUCAGGUACAGUCGUUGCAACAAAACCUGAAAGACAUGACCAACAAUCAGCGACGUUUGCUUAAAUUAUGGGAGGACAAAAAAGCGCAGAGGGAACAGCUUACACUACCGGCGAUCACUCAAAGACCUGGUCAAAAAGCACCAGGUCCAGCGCACAAAGCUAGCCAGACCGAAAUGUCAAUUAAUCCUGCACAGAAAUUACCAUCCGGUGCUUUUGAGACCAAGGCGCUGCGAAGGGAACCUGAUCGCAUUGUUAAGGGAUUGGACAAACGUAGUAUUGCCGCUUUGUCAAAUGGAAAUCACCUACGAGAGAAGACAGCAUUAGUUCAUAAUGACUCAAAGUAACGUUUCUUGUGAAUUUGGGAUUCUGUGGCAACUUCCUACGACCAGUGCUGUUUUGUAACGAGGCGUUUGAGUGCGCCUCGUCUUUACAUCAUCCCUUUAUCUUGCACAUACACAUAGAACAAAUGUUAGUCAAAUAAUUUACUUAAAAGGACUUCAUUUUACGCAUGCCACUACAGUCGCUUGCUCCGCUUUAAACUUCUACAAAAUGUCAACAACAGUUUGAUGUUCAAACGCCCGGUGUUUGGCUGGCUAGUGAUGCCUGAGGUUUUUUAAAUCCUUGUCAAGAGUGCUAUGGAGCUUUUGUAUGUAAUCUAAAAUUUAAAUAUCUUCUUGUACACUAAGCAGUAUGUUCGACAUAAAAGUCAUACU